UACAUUAGAACUGUUAUUAUUGUUGCCGCUUGGGAAAGGAACAGCUGUUGACCAGAAAAAUAUAGAUCCAUUGGUUUUACACUUACAGUUACGCCAAAAUAUUUAACCCAAAAAGGGAGGCCAGUACACGUGCGGGAGAAGGCUCCAAAGAAGACGGACGACCAUGGAGGUGAACCCAAGUUCGCCGAUGGACGAGUUCUGCGGUUCCACAUUCUGGAACUCAACGGAAACAUGGUGGACCAACGAUCCAGACUUUACUCCCUGCUUUGAACAAACCGUGCUAGUAUGGACGCCUUGCGCCUUCUACUGGCUUUUCGUGGUCUUCGAUUUCUACUACUUGAAGGCCAGCUUAGACCGCAACAUACCCUGGAACAAGUUAAACGUGAGCAAGGCCCUGGUAAAUGUAGGUCUGCUGGUUCUUACUGCCCUGGACUUAAUUAUGGCCCUCAUCAAGAAGGGGGGCGACGACCAGCCGCCGCUGUAUAAGCUGGACGUGUGGGGACCCAUCAUCAAAUUCGCCACCUUCCUACUUAUCUUCUUGUUCAUCCCACUGAAUCGAAAGUAUGGCGUGCAGACAACAGGCUGCCAGUUUUUGUUCUGGUUCCUGCUUACUGUUCUUUCGAUACCGCGCUGCAGAACCGAAGUCCGCGCGGACAACUUGCGUCAACAGCAGUCGGAGGAUUUGGAUUUCUCCUGGGACGAGUACCAGUACGCCAGUUUCUUCGUCUUCUUCACCUUCACCUGCCUUAUGCUGAUCCUCAACUGUUUUGCUGACGGCUUGCCGAGGCAAACCAAGUACCAGCGAGGUGAAAAUGAGAUUCCCGAGCUGUCGGCCAGUUUCCUCUCUAGGAUCACUUAUCAAUGGUUCGACAAAAUGGCACUCAAGGGCUACCGAAACCCACUCGAGGAGAAGGAUCUGUGGGAUCUGCGUCCGCAAGACAGCUGCUCCGAGGUAAUGCCUGUUUUCGCCUACCACUGGAAUCAAAAUGUGCGCAAGAACUACAAGGGAAGAGCUCGCGUGGAGCCCAAGGCCCAGUUCAGCAAUGGCAAUGUCACCUUCGAGAACCCCCACGGCGAGAAGAACGGCCGCAAGAAGGGUGUGGCCAGUAUCAUGCCGCCCAUCUACAAGUCGUUCGGAGGCGUCUUUUUGUUUGGUGCUUUGAUGAAGUUGUUCACUGACUGCUUGACUUUUGCCCAGCCCCAGGUCUUGAGUCUAAUCAUUAGUUUCGUAGAGGAUCAAGAAAAAGACAAACAGCCUGAAUGGAAGGGCAUUAUGUACUCCGUUCUGCUCUUCGUUUUGGCUGCUGCUCAGACUUUCAUUCUGGGCCAGUACUUCCACCGGAUGUUCAUAGUGGGCUUGAGAAUUAGGACCGCUCUCAUCAAUGCCAUAUACCGCAAAGCCCUGCGCAUUUCCAACUCCACAAAGAAGGAGUCCACAGUUGGCGAAAUUGUCAAUCUAAUGGCUGUCGACGCACAGCGCUUCAUGGAGUUGACCACCUACCUGAACAUGAUCUGGUCGGCUCCCCUACAGAUUGGUCUAGCCCUGUUCUUCCUCUGGCAACAGCUGGGACCGUCUGUGUUGGCCGGUCUUGCCGUGAUGAUCAUCCUAAUCCCCGUGAACGGAGUGAUUGCCAGCCGCAUCAAAACCUAUCAGAUCCGACAAAUGAAGUACAAGGACGAGCGCGUCAAGCUGAUGAAUGAAGUUCUGAGUGGUAUCAAGGUUCUUAAACUGUACGCCUGGGAGCCGAGCUUCGAGAAGCAAGUUCUGGACAUUCGUGACAAGGAAAUCGCCACCCUGCGAUCUACCGCCUAUCUGAACGCCAGUACAUCCUUCCUGUGGUCCUGCGCUCCAUUCCUGGUAUCAUUAGUUACAUUUGCCACUUACGUUCUAAUCGAUGAAAAUAACGUGCUUGACGCCACCAAAACCUUUGUAUCAUUAUCAUUAUUCAACAUUCUUCGUUUUCCGUUAACAAUGUUGCCCAUGCUGAUCACCAACCUGGUGCAAACGCAAGUUUCUGUAAACCGUAUAAACAAGUUCCUGAACAGUGAGGAACUGGACCCCAACAGCGUUCUCCAUGAUCCCUCCAAGCCCCAUCCCAUGAGCAUUGAAAAUGGUGAGUUCUCCUGGGGCGACGAGAUCACUCUCCGCAACAUCAACAUCGAGGUGCACAAGAGCAGCUUGGUUGCGUUGGUGGGCACUGUGGGCUCUGGCAAGUCGUCCGUUGUACAGGCCUUCCUCGGCGAAAUGGAGAAGCUUGCGGGCGUUGUCAACACGGUGGGCAAGCUGGCCUAUGUGCCGCAGCAGGCGUGGAUCCAGAAUGCUACUGUGAGGGACAACAUUCUCUUCGGGCAAACCUACGACCGGAAGCGCUACAACAAGGUUAUUGACGCCUGUGCCCUGCGCGCCGACAUUGACAUCCUGUCAGCUGGGGAUCUCACGGAAAUAGGUGAAAAGGGUAUCAAUCUCUCAGGUGGCCAAAAGCAGCGUAUCUCCUUGGCCCGCGCCGUCUACAGCGAUGCCGAUCUGUAUCUGCUGGACGAUCCUCUCAGCGCCGUCGAUGCCCACGUGGGCAAGCACAUUUUCGAGGAGGUUAUCGGACCCAAGGGCAUGCUGGCCCGCAAGUCCCGAGUUCUCGUCACCCAUGGCGUUACCUUCCUGCCCCAGGUGGACAGCAUUUAUGUGAUGAAGUCCGGUGAGAUUAGCGAGAGCGGCACUUUCGAUCAGCUGGUGAAGAACAAGGGCGCGUUCGCCGACUUCAUCAUCCAGCAUCUGCAGGAUGGCAAUGAGGAGGAGGAGGAGCUUAACCAGAUCAAACGCCAGAUCUCCAGCACCGCAGAUGACCCUGAGUUGAUUGGCAGUGUCGAAAAGGCCAUCAAGUUGGCCCGAACGGAGAGCCUAUCGGAUUCUAUCUCUGUUACUUCGGCGGAUAGUUUGAUGGGAAGAGGUAACAGCCUCCGGCGACGUACCAAACGCCAGGACUCGCACGAUUCCGUUGCCUCGGCAGCUUCGCUAAAGAAAAAGCAGGAGGUCGAGGGCAAGCUGAUCGAGACUGAAAAAUCCCAAACUGGUGGCGUCGAUUUCGCCGUUUAUAAGCACUACAUCAAGAGCGUGGGCGUCUUCCUGUCUGUGGCCACCCUGGUGCUGAACUUUGUUUUCCAAGCAUUCCAAAUCGGCUCGAAUCUCUGGCUCACCAAGUGGGCCAACGACGAAAAUGUUUCAAACGACACUAGCCUCAGGGACAUGUAUCUGGGUGUUUACGGCGCGUUUGGUUUUGGUCAAGGUGUGCUCGCCUACUUCGCGGUGGUGAUCGUCUACCUGGGCGGCUUCAGGGCUGCCAAGGUCAUCCACAACGAUCUCCUCAGAGUCAUUAUUCGGGGAUCCGUAUGCCGAUUUUUCGACGUAACCCCGAUCGGGCGACUCUUGAACAGUUUCAGCGGCGAUAUGGACGUUAUCGACGAAGAGUUGCCCGCCACCCUGGACUCCUUUAUGACCUUUAUUUGGAUGGUUUUGGCUACCAUUGUGGUUAUUAGCUUGUCCACACCCAUUUUCCUGGCAGUGAUCGUUCCGAUCGCCUUCCUGUACUAUUUUGCCCAGCGCUUCUAUGUAGCCACCUCCCGACAACUGAUGCGUCUGGAAUCCGUCUCCCGAUCUCCAAUCUACUCUCACUUUGGUGAAACCGUCACUGGAGCUUCAACAAUUCGUGCUUACAACGUGGGAGAUCGUUUCAUUGAGGAAUCCGACGCCAAGGUGGACAAGAACCAAGUGUGCAAGUAUCCUUCGGUGAUAGCCAACCGUUGGUUGGCCAUCCGUCUGGAGAUGGUGGGUAACUUGAUUAUCCUGUUUGCCUCCCUCUUCGCCGUCUUGGGAGGCCAAACCAAUCCUGGCCUGGUGGGUCUCUCGGUGAGCUACGCCUUGCAGGUGACCCAAACGCUCAACUGGCUGGUGCGCAUGACCUCCGACAUCGAGACGAAUAUCGUUUCUGUGGAACGUAUCAAGGAGUACGGAGAGACCAAGCAGGAAGCUCCUUGGGAGCUGGAGGCUGAUAAGAGCAAGCCCAAGAACUGGCCGGAAGAAGGACGUGUAGAGUUCCAAAACUUCCAGGUGCGCUACCGCGAGGGUCUGGACCUGGUGCUCCGUGGCGUUAGCUUCAAUAUCAAGGGUGGCGAGAAGGUCGGCAUUGUGGGACGCACGGGAGCUGGAAAGUCUAGUCUUACCCUGGCAUUGUUCAGAAUCAUUGAAUCUGCCGGCGGACGCAUCGCUAUCGAUGGAGUGGACAUUGCCACCAUGGGUCUUCACAUGCUCCGUUCCCGCCUGACGAUCAUUCCACAGGAUCCCGUUCUCUUCUCCGGCUCGCUGCGAAUCAAUUUGGAUCCCUUCGAGGUUAAGACCGACGAUGAGAUUUGGAAGGCUCUGGAGCUUUCCCACUUGAAGUCGUUUGUCAAGAGCUUGGCAGCGGGUCUGAACCACGAAAUCGCCGAGGGUGGGGAAAAUCUUUCGGUGGGUCAAAGGCAGCUGGUGUGCUUGGCUCGCGCUCUGCUGCGCAAGACCAAGGUCCUGGUUCUCGAUGAAGCCACUGCUGCUGUGGACUUGGAAACAGAUGAUCUGAUUCAGAAAACCAUCCGUACAGAGUUCAAGGAAUGCACUGUUCUGACAAUUGCCCAUCGUUUGAACACUAUUUUGGACUCUGACAAGGUCAUUGUGCUGGACAAGGGUCAGAUUACGGAGUUCGCGUCGCCGACGGAGCUGCUGGACAACCCGAAAUCCGCAUUCUACAGCAUGGCCAAGGACGCCAACCUAGUUUAAGGUCCUCAAAUGUCAAUCUAAAACUCUACGAAACUCAAAUGAAAGUGUGUGUGUCCCGUCUUAAACAAAAUAGGAAUGUAGCUGUAUGAAAUUAAAUGUUUGAACGUAAGCUUUAAGCCAUGCCCUACCUCCGGUUAAAAAAGCAGAAAACAAAGGAAACAAUAACAAGAAUCAAAAUUAAGAAGUUAGAAAAUACCAACGGAAUGUUCACUAGGCUAAGACAAAUUUUGAGAGCCAUUCGCUACUUUUCGGUUCAUGUAUUUUCCUUUUUUUUGAUAUGUAUAUGAAUUUACAUAGCUGAGUGUAUUGUCUACUGUACUUAGUUUUCAAAAACAAACAAAAUAAAAAUUAAAAAAAUUAACGGAUAUAAGGAAUAACACUCUUAAGUAUGUUACAUAAUUAUGUACUUAAAAUAACAAAACAAACAAAACUGAAAAGAAAGAACAAUGAGAAUGAAAACAAAACUCACUCAAGAAUUUUUUGCCUUCAACUGAUAUGAUCAGUAAGAUAUAUGGUCAAUGUAGUUAAAUCAAUAUAUUGAAACUUUUGUAAAAUGUAUACUUAAAUAAAUAAAGUGAUUUAA